UUGGAGCUAAUGAAGUUAUUACAUUGAAAGCAGGUUUAAACUUGGGACACAAAUAUUGCUGGUGUUAUGUGGAAUGCUUAUGAGACUUACAGUAAGCAUAAGUUCCUGGUGUAUGGCCCAAAAUAACUUUUGUUUUUCUAGAUUUGUGAAGUAGGUGUGCUGUCUGAGACUCCAUGGAAGUGCAGGGUGUGUAAGAUUGAUGCAACUUUUGAUAAAUAAUGUCAUAAAUUUUUAAAGGAACUAAAAGUGUGCUAUAGUCUGCCUCUUUGAAAGUGACUGAUUAUAUGAGGUAUAUGGUGAGACAUCUUAAAACAGACCAACUUUAAAAAAUAUAAAUGGAUCCAAAUCUCAGCUAUCAAAUCUGCAAAACGUAAUAAUAUCUGAGAUCUCUAUAUUGUAUACACUUUUUUUACUACUUUUUUUACUUACUCACUUACUACUUUACUACCCAUCAGAAAGAGUCCUGUUCAACUGAGUAGGUGUGUGAGGAACUACUCUUUGAUACCUUGGAAUGUCUGAUAACUUGCACGGAGCUUUUCUCCCAGGCAUUUGUCAUGUACUAGCCAGGUGUCACCGAAUACUACACCAAGACUCAGGUCCGCACGGUUGUCACGCCAGAGUGAAAACAAGUCUUGGAUCAAGAAAACCCAAAGGAUUCUGGGGUAUUUUGUAUGUAUUUUUGGUUUUGUUUGUUUCAGAUGUUGCCCUUGGGCCCUGGCAGAAAAGUUGAUUCUGAUGCUCCUAGUUGACUUGUUUUAUCUUGUAAUUUUUAGGAUUUUGCAUUAAUUAGUGUUUCUCUGGCUCUCACUUUUCCAGUAUCGGGUGCUGAUACAUCUUUUGACUUUUGGGUAUACUUUCUGUAUUUUAAAGAUGCAUUUUACAAUAAGUGCACUUCUCUUAAGGCUUUCAAUUUAACAACUAGGGUAAUUAGGAAAUCCAAAUAGAAUCAUACUGAUGCGUUACCACUUUACUUUUGCUGGCCCAGUGAAGGCACCAUGGGUUUUCUUCCCUGUCUACUAACUCAACUAUUUGUAACUGCUACACAGAAGCAUGCUCGAUGUAAAGUAUUUGCUGCUCUCUAUUAUUAUUUUAAGCUAUAGUAUAUUAAUAAUUUUCUUUGCGGGUAUUUUUGCUAAAUGGUGCUGAAGAUUAGGUUGAGAAAUUUAGUAUCUCCUUAAAGCAUAGAUAUUCAUAGAGUUAUGAAUAAAAUAGGAAAAUAAGCUAAAUUAUCAUGAACUGUCCUUGUGUGGUGGUUUAGAGGGUGUUGCAUUCAGAAUAGGCCUCCUGCACUAAAAGGCUGCUCCUCUGCCUUCUGAACCUUUCCCAUAGAGGAUCAGAGGAACCACAGGAGAGGCCUGGUAGCAAAUUAUUUUUUUAUUAAUCUUGCCCUUGCAGUCCUAAGCAACUGGUGCUAGGACUGUGCAUCAGUCUUGUCAUCUGUAUAUGUAUGUAAGCUUUGCUGCAAGCAGCAGAGGGCUUGAGAGGUUAAUCUGGCCAGUGGGAAGGGCACAGGAGGGAUCCGAAUAAUGGAUCCUUCCGGAAACUUGAAAGGACUCCAGUGGUGACAGGUCGUCUUCAGCUCUUUAGACAGCAAUGGGAUGACUAAUUCCAGGUGUUCUAGGCAGCCAUGAAUCAGAGUUCAGCCACAAGGUUUUGUUUAAGGAGGAGGUCUGGAGGGGUCAUUAUCUAUUUGUUUUGAUGUUCUAAACUUGAAAUAGCAAUUAAUUGACUUAAAUUCAGGUGUCGUCUUACAGGUACUGGUAGGUGUAGGUGUUAAAACUAUCAGCCUGGCCAAAUUGUAGUCAGGUAGCUAAGUAACAAACUCCUGAAAGCAUCCCUGCGACAUUACUGGAUGUAUAAACUGAAGAAUGCACACAGUUGUGUUAUUCAUGCAUGCUCUCGACAGAAGAUGCUAAAGACGUGUGCGUGGGUAUUCAUGGCGGUACACAGCUGUUCUUUUUCUGGUAGCUGGGUGCUGAGCUGAGCAAUGGCAGUCAGCAGAGCAAAGCAGCAUUAAAUGGCUUUUAUGUAAACAAAGUCUUACAGGCAGCUGCAGUUCAUUGACUAAUGGAAAACAAAGAAAAUAGCAGCACAAAGGAGUGUUGCUCUGUGAAAGAUACCCUAAAAGUCACAGCAGCUUUUAACAGAGCUAUUCUCAGCGCAGUUUUUACUCUCUGGGAGAGAGAAGCCUCCCUGGGCCUUCUCUAAAACCUUAAAAAAAAAAAAAAUCAAACUACUUCAGCUAUUUCAUAGCACUUGCUAUUAAAUUUGAGGAGAUGUGCACUUGGCAUGCACUGUACCACCUGGAGAGUGUACAGGCUUCACUCUUGUAAAAGCCCAUGUUUCUUGUUACGGCUUUAGGAAAUUCAUGACAAUGCUGAGAAUGUGGCGAAAAAGUGACCAUCACCUCUGUCAGAUAAAGUGUUUCACUUGAAUCUGCUUUUGCUUCCUGAGCCCCGACACGUAGGGAAUACAUAGAAGUCAUACUUAAAAUGAGGAUUUCUUUAUGCAGCCCUGCCUUACCCCUGUGAGUCAGUGUGUAGCUGUUUGUCUGAGUCUAUAGGUGGUGCUAAAGCAGUGACAACCUCAUUGGUGCCUCGGAUAUUUUGCAAUUUCCUAGUCUGAAUUUUUUUCCAAGUGUAGAGGCGGUGUGAAGAGAGGUAGGCUUUUUUUUUUUUUUUUUCCUGUAGUCAUUAUGAGGUGACGUGUGCCAAGGUAAGCAAGAUAAACUGUUGAACAAAGUGCACCUGCAAUUGAAUGCUGCUGAUUUUCACCAAGGAGCAGGCUGGGGAGCACACUUACAGAAGCCUUGAUCUCUGGAGACUCUGAAUGCUGGAAAAAGCACAAAUCCCAAAAUUUUCACCAUGAAGAGCUCCAGAAUUGUCUUCUAUCUUCUCUUCUUUCUCUUCUUUUGUGGUGCGCUCAGCCUGAAACGUAUCCGGUGGUGCACUGUCUCUGAGCAAGAACUUGCCAAGUGUAAUAACAUGAGUAAGGCCUUUGGUGGGGCUGGCAUCCUUCCCCCUCUGGAGUGUACAGCGGGGGGGUCAGCUGCUAACUGUACCCAGAUGAUCAAGGAUGAUUUAGCAGAUGCAGUGACACUGGAUGGUCGAUUGAUUUACCAGGCUGGAAAGGAGCAUGGUCUGAAACCUGUGGUUGGGGAAGUCUAUGAUCAAGAGAUUGGAACUUCCUAUUAUGCCGUGGCUGUGGUAAAGAAAAGCUCCAACAUCACCAUCAACAGCUUGAAGGGCGUCAGUUCAUGUCACACAGGCAUCAACAGAACUGCAGGCUGGGAUGUGCCAGUGGGUUAUCUACUUGACAGUGGGCGCCUGGCAGCAAUGGGAUGUGACCUUCCAAAAGCUGUAAGUGACUACUUCAAUGCAAGCUGUGUUCCUGGAGCAAAUGGCGUAAACUAUCCCGAAUCCCUCUGUCAGCUCUGCAAAGGGGAUUUGGCUGGGCAGAACAAAUGUGAACGAAGUUCCCAAGAGCAAUACUAUGACUACAGUGGUGCUUUCAGGUGUUUGGCUGAAGGUGCUGGAGAAGUCGCUUUUGUGAAGCACAGCACAGUGCCUGAAAACACUGAUGGCAGAAGUCUUUCUUCGUGGGCCCAGCGGCUUCGUUCCCAGGACUUCCAGCUUCUGUGCCGUGAUGGCAACACGGCUGAUGUGACAGAGUGGAGAACCUGCCACUUGGCCCGAAUCCCAGCUCGUGCUGUGGUUGUGCGGCCAGACACAGAUGGGACAGUUGUCUUCCAGCUCCUGAACCAGGGACAGCAAAGAUUUAACGGAGUAGGCACCAAGUUUAAGAUGUUUGACUCCUCAGCCUACAGUGCCCAGAAUCUUCUGUUCAGAGACUCCACCACGGAGCUCAUUCCAAUCACAGCUCAGAAUUACCAGGCGUGGCUGGGUGAUGAGUAUCUUCAUGCCAUGCAAGCCCUGAACUGCAACCCCAACACAUUGCCAGAAAGCCUGAACUGGUGUGUUGUAUCCACUGAGGAGAUUUGGAAAUGUGGUAAAAUGGCCAUUGCCUUUAAGGAAAAGAAUUUGAAACCAGCAAUUCAGUGUGCUUCAGCCAAGACAAAGGAACAGUGCAUGGAGCUGAUCCAGAGAAAGGAAAUUGAUGCUGUGGUUCUGGGUGGAGCUGAUAUUUACACAGCUGGGAAGACAUACGGCCUUGUACCAGCUGCUGGAGAAAGUUACUCUGCUGAUGACAACAGCAAUGCGUACUAUGCUGUGGCAUUAGUUAAACGAAAUCUGUCCAAUGCGUUCACCAUCAGUGACCUGAAAGGGAAGAAGUCCUGCCACACAGGGCUGGGGAGAAACGCUGGAUGGAAUAUCCCCAUUGGUGUGCUAAUUAAGAGGGGCAUUAUUAAGAUCAGAGACUGCAAUAUUCCUCAAGCUGUGAGUGAGUUUUUCUCUGCCAGCUGCGUGCCUUCAGCUAAGCAGGACAAUUAUCCAUCAAAACUCUGUCAACUCUGUAUUGGAGAUGAUAGUGGAAACAAUAAAUGCAGUGCAAGUAGCCAAGAACGUUAUUACAGCUACAGUGGAGCCUUCAGAGCAGUGGGCACCCACCUAGUGAGGACCAAGUGGAUUGUCAUCGGUCUCCAGUCUUGCUUUAAUCUCUCGUGACAGACAGUCUGCCACUCUGAAUGGUGGGUCAUCCAUAAAGAGCUUUAGCAGGGAAGCAGGCAAAUAGAAUCUGGCUCAUACAAGUCCAUGCUGACAGUGGUGGGCUGGUGAGGGGGAGCCAGGAGUGGUCUUCACUGUCCUUACUCAUUGGUGGCUGUAUGCGAAGGUAGGUUUCUGAACAGCACAAACAACUAUGGCCAAUGUUCAAAUACCAAAUCCUCUUCAAAACAAGAUUUGGUAAAGGUACAAGGGGAAAAUAGCAUAAAAUGAAAUAAAUACCUUGUGUAACAGUGUACGACUACAUAUGGGGCCGUACCCAAAGACUGUGAAACUCUAGUUAUGGAAGUGGCAUUUCCUUUUCCUGACCGUCACCUCUGGUGCAUGUAACCGGGUGCAUGUAACGGAGCUGGCAGUGACCGGUCUUUUUGCUUCAGGGGAGGAGACUUCAACAGCAGCUGCCUGGUAAAUAUUGGAGUGCUAGGCUUAGAUAACUACUUUUUUGCAAAUCUGUUUAGUUGUGUCCAGCUGCCCUGCUGUGGUACAUGCCUUGCAGGCAAACUCCAGAUCCUCUGCUGUACUUCAUAGAUUAACAGAGCUUAACCAGUCACCAAACAAAUAAGCAACAAAUGCCGUUGUGGGCUUUGAGUCUUGCUCAUAUUUAAGGUUUUGCAUUUGAUAAUAGUGACCACAACCCAAGCUUUAUAUUGAGAUCAUUACUUUUUCUUUUUUUUUUAACAGAGAAGGCGUUUAAUUUAUUGAGCGAUGUGGAAAGUAUUUAGGUAUUUAAAAGGUUAGGAUUUGGGUGAAAAAUGGAGGGUCAAUAUCUUCUGCAAGGUAGGAAUGGGUCUGGCUGUGAUACUUAGGUGAUCCUCUCUGAAAGAAGAAUGAGUUACACGUGAUGACCGACAUGAGCUUAAAAUUCAGCCUCAGAUUUCCAGAUUCCUUCAGCUAUGGAGAACUUCAGAUUAACCUAACUAUAGAGCUAUGAGAUGUUAUUCAGUUUGUGUAUAUCCCACUGCCUGUGGCAAAUUAAACUGCACAGAGUACUGAAAAAUAUAUUGGGAACAGCUUUUUCUGAUGGGGGAAGCACUGAACCUGCUGAGUCCUCCAUGCUCUACAUGAGAGUGUCAGGCACGUGGUGAUAAGAGCUUUGCUUAUAACUGCUCAUGUUAAACCGGGCACAUGUGAAAUAUGUGUGUUUUUAGUACCUGUUGGCAAGAAUAACUUUCCUUCACACUUUGUACUGCAAAAACCAUGCUCAGUUACAGUUUUACAACUUCUUGAUUGGUGGGUUUAAUGAUCUUGUUUUAGAAAAUGCUUCUUGAAAGCACUUGUAGAAUAAACUACAAGGUACAACCACUAAACUCCGUUACCCACAGACCCUCUGCCAGCACCCACUGCCCAAAAUACCUGGGAAGUUAAAUCUCUUUGCUAGCUCAGCCAACUCGCUGCUUUGAGGUUGAUUUUUUUGAUGUGUUACUUGCUGUCUGAAGCAAGUGCCGUGCAUUUUUUUUCUGUCUGCUGAAUUCAUAUUUCAGGCCUAGCAAAAAUCUCCUAACAGUCUGUGGUGCCUGUUGCAUCGUGCACUAGACAACACCACAAUAUAACAUGGGAAACAGCAAAUCCCGGUAGAGGUGCGUUGUUCUACACCUUCGCCCUGACACCCUCUGGAAUGGGGUCUCACACUCGUAGGAGAGGAGGAGCUUUUAGGGUGCCCUUGGCACGUUGGGCUGCCUCUGCUUCAGAAAAUUGGAGGAAACUCAACUUAUUUCCGGAACAGUACCGUUAGAAGCUGCAGUUAGAUUAACUAAGUAUCUGCAGUGUACAGGGCAGUAAAAGCAGCGUCUGUGUGAGCACCAAGGUCACUCUAACUUGAAAGGAAAAGAGGAAAGAAAGUAUAUGUGUGGGUGUGCACACAUGCACAUACACAAAAUCUGAUAAACUCUUGGGUUAUGCACUCAAAUUAUUUUAUUCAAAAAAGUCUUAAUGACACAUACUUUGUACAUGAUUUAAAAAGGAAUGAAAGUGACUUAGCAGAUGGAGAAUUGAGUAUCACAUAAUUUAUUUUCUGUUUCUUUGUUCAUCUAAUAUUGGCCUCUUCUGUUGUUUCUUACACUGUUUUUAAUCAAAAUGUUCUCCUGUAUUCCUCUCUUAAAAUUCUUCAUUCAGAAUAUUUUUUAAUACUUUGCAAAUGCGUUGGUUUUCUCUCCUUUCAAGAUGUUUCGUUUCUCUGGUUUUGCUUAUUACCUUAGGGUCCAGUGCAUUUGUUUGCAGGAAUGUAUGUAAGAAAAAUUGAAUUCUAAACCUAUUAGUUGUUAAGAAAAAAAUGUGUUUCACAUAAAGAUGCUUUGAAUUGAAUUUUUAUCUCUUGCUUCCUAAAGGUGCCUGGCGCAGGGCUCCGGGGAUGUGGCCUUCGUGAAGCAUUCGACAGUGUUUGAGAACACAGAUGGUACUUAGUUUCACGUAUCUCUUAAUUAUAAUUCAGCUAUUUUUCCAGAACCUCUUGUUCUCUAAAGUAUUCAAUGAAUGACAAUGACCAGUUUCUUUUUUCAGGUAAGAAUACUGAUAGUUGGGCCCAAAACUUGAAGUCCAGUGAUUUCCAGUUACUGUGUCUAAAUGGUGCCCGUGCUGAAGUCACCCAGUUUGCUGAGUGUCACCUGGCUCGGGUGCCAGCUCAGGCCAUUAUGGU